AUGAAUUUCCGAAGCUUCUUAUUUUCAGGAGGUCUAGCACUUUCACUGUGUGGAGGUCGUGGAUGCCCUCUCGGAACCGAGUGCAUAGGUGGAGGAUGCUGUCAACUACCUCGAUGUCCAUCUGGUCUUCAAGCAACGCAGCGUUGCCAAAUGGGUAUCGGAUGCGCUCGCGGACAUCAAUGUGAGAAUGGAGUCUGCUGUGCGAUGCCAAUGUGCUCCACGGGUUUGAUAGCCGCGUCUGUAUGCGGUAUGGGUAAUAGCUGUCCCAUGGGAUUCGUAUGUGAAGGGCGAGGUUGUUGUCAGGAGCCACCGCCGUUGUGUCCAAAUGGUGGUCGUGCUGCUCAACGCUGCAGUCGUGGAGCUGAAUGUCCGCCGGGAUUCGGAUGUACACCACUCGGAGGAUGCUGCUUGCUGUCAAUGGAGCCAGUCUGUCCGAGACAAUCUAACCCUAUCUGUCAGUGUUCACCAAAUAGUGCCUGUCCCGCAGGUGCACAGUGUACAAUGGGUACAUGUUGCUCCAAGUCAGUGGCACUCUUCAACCAAAUACCAGGUUCACAAUGUCAAGCAUCAUCGCAGUGCAACGGUUAUUCUUCUAAUUGCGCUCAAUGUAUGCAAGGAGUCUGUUCAUGUGUCAAUGGCGCGGCGUCAAAUGGCGCCAACUGCCUUCAGAUGCCGACAGCGGUGCUCACGAUAGCUAGAAAUGGUUGCGAUCAGUAUGGUUCGCCUUGUACUGUGCUACUGUCUACGGCUCGUCGACGACCGAUUAUCGCUCCUGUGGGAAAUAUCACAGAAACGCCACUAUUCUUCAAUGUGGCUAGCGAACGUAGAUGUGUGGCGAAUGCUACCGAACUGGAUUUCGAUCCUGACAGCACAUGUCUUCCCAAUGAGAAAUGCAUUAAUGGAGAAUGUAGAAUGAUAUUGAUUCCAGUAUUCUUCAAUGUGGCUAGCGAACGUAGAUGUGUGGCGAAUGCUACCGAACUGGAUUUCGAUCCUGACAGCACAUGUCUUCCCAAUGAGAAAUGCAUUAAUGGAGAAUGUAGAAUGUGA